AUGCGCGAAGUCAUCUCUAUCCAUGUAGGCCAAGCAGGAGUCCAAAUUGGCAAUGCCUGCUGGGAGCUAUACACCUUGGAACAUGGAAUAGAGCCUGAUGGGCGUCUUCUUCCGGACUCCUUGUCGCACACUGAUGCCGGCUUCUCGACGUUCUUCUCUGAAACAUCGUCCGGCAAACAUGUACCUCGUUCACUGUACUUUGAUCUCGAGCCUGGGGUCAUCGACGAUGUCAAGACUGGAAAGUACAAGUCUCUUUUCCACCCUGAGACUAUGAUCACUGGAAAAGAAGACGCGGCCAACAACUACGCGAGAGGUCAUUAUACCGUGGGCAAGGAGCUCAUCGACCCGGUGAUGGAUAAGCUGAGGCGCCUGGCGGACAACUGCUCGGGGCUUCAAGGGUUCUUUGUGUUCCAUUCCUUCGGUGGCGGAACUGGGUCUGGCUUUGGCGCCCUCCUGCUUGAGCGAUUGUCAGCAGAUUUCGGGAAGAAGGCCAAGUUAGAAUUCUGUGUCUACCCCGCUCCCCAGUUGUCGAGUUCCAUCGUAGAGCCGUACAACUCGGUCCUCACAACGCACACGACUUUGGAACACGCGGAUUGUUCGUUCAUGGUGGAUAACGAGGCUAUUUACGAUAUCUGCAAGACCAAACUUGGAGUCGCCUCUCCUGGCUUCACCAACCUCAACCGUCUCAUCGCCCAGGUCGUUUCUUCGGUCACUGCUUCUCUUCGAUUUGAUGGUUCCCUCAACGUCGAUCUCAACGAGUUCCAAACCAAUCUUGUCCCCUUCCCUCGUAUCCACUUCCCCUUGGCCACUUAUGCACCCCUCCUCUCAUCGGAGAAGGCUAGCCACGAACAGAACUCUGUUGCAGAGAUGACGACAUCUUGCUUCGAGAGCGGUAACCAGUUGGUGAAAUGUGACCCCAGAGAAGGAAAAUACAUGGCGUGCGCCCUCUUGUACCGAGGCGAUGUGAUGCCCAAAGAUUGCCAAGCUGCCAUUGCCACCAUUAAGACGAAGCGUACGAUACAGUUUGUCGACUGGUGUCCGACUGGUUUCAAGCUUGGUAUCUGCAACGAGCCACCUGCUUGUGUCCCUGGUGGCGAUCUCGCUAAGAACACCCGCAGUCUCUGCAUGCUGUCGAACACCACGGCCAUUGCCAGUGCUUGGGCUCGUCUCGAUCACAAGUUCGAUCUCCUGUACUCCAAGCGUGCGUUUGUUCAUUGGUACGUUGGUGAGGGUAUGGAAGAGGGCGAGUUCUCGGAGGCUCGGGAGGAUCUCGCGGCGCUCGAAAAGGACUACGAAGAGGUCGGCCUUGAUUCCGCCGAACCCGAGGAAGAGGAAGGUUACUAG